UCAGGUUUCAGUUCCUGCAGAAGUCCAGCCACCUAACCCCCGGGAACUUUCACCGCUCUGGGACUACACACAGAGGCACCAUGCUGUACUGGCACAACCAGACGGAGCAUUAUUGGCCAGCUCAAACUGAACACUACCACCAAUAUGUCAACUCCAACGCAGGCCGGGACGUGCUGCCACUGCCACUCUUCAAGCACGAGGAUUCUGCGCUCUCUACAGACCAUGAGCCCAGUGCCGUCAGCUUCCAAUACGUUCUCAGCGCAGCCACCUCGCCCGCUGUUAAACUACAUGAGGAGACACUCACCUACCUCAACCAAGGUCAGUCCUAUGAGAUCCGGAUGCUGUGCAAUCAGAAUAUACGGGGACUGAUGGAAUCAAACGGGAAGCUACUGAAGAGCACAGUCCGGGUGGUGUUCCAUGACAGACGUCUCCAGUACAGUGAACACCAACAGUUCCAGGGGUGGAAGUGGAAUAGGCCAGGAGACCGGUUGCUUGACAUCGAUAUUCCCCUGUCAGUCGGAAUUGUCGAUCCUCGAGUAAACCCCAUCUUGCUGAAUGCUGCUGAGUUCCUCUGGGACCCCAAGAAACAAACCUCUGUCUCCAUUCAGGUUUGUGUCACUUCCUACUUCCACUCUCCCCUCCUCUCCAUCUCUGCUCUCGACCCUGUGCACUUCCCCAUUUGUCACCUUUCUAUUUUCUUCUCUCGUCCCUUACCUUACCUUGGAACAUGGAGAAGAUGA